AUGGGAAAGGGUGUCCUUCUCCAAAACUUCAAAGAUUCCAGCUCACUCUAUCGUGUCGAGUUCAAAGCCGGACGAACCGAGAUGUGCUACGUGAUGGAAGGGCCGCAGUCGCCAAAGGUAGGCGAUCUCGUCAUUGUUGAGGCAGAUCGCGGUCGUGAUCUUGGGACGGUUAUUGCCGACAGCCUCACUCCUGAUGAGGUGCUUGCUACACUUAGUGAGACAACCGAGGACGACAAAUUCCUGCAUCCCAAAGAUGUGCAUGUCAAACGUCUUUAUCGUAUCGCUACUCCAAAUGAAAUCAAUACUCUGAGUCUUAAGGAACAAGAUGAAGCCAAGGCGCUUGCUGUGUGUCAAACCAAGCUCAAGCAAAAAAACAUGGCUAUGGAAGUUGUCAAUGCAGAAUAUCAAUGGGAUCGACGCAAGCUGACCUUUUAUUUCGUGGCUGAACAGCGAAUCGACUUUCGUGAGUUGGUUCGUGAACUAUUCAAGAUUUACAAGACACGAAUCUGGAUGUGUGCUGUCAAGACGACCGAGUCUAACGAGUAAAGAACAAGAACAAGAUCAAAACACAUUACACACUACACAUUACACACUACACACUACACUUUAAACUUCGAACCUCAUAUACACAACCACAACCAUAACCACAACCACAACCACAUGCACUCUCUGUACCUCUUGUAUCUCUUGUAUACACCUUCUCACCCCAACCCCCACCUUUAACUUUGAGAUUUCUACCCUGCACACCUACAUAUAUCAUAUAUAUAUACACCCACACAAAAAAAACAGACUAAGAAAAAAAAAUAUCGAUUGCCUUAUGAUACAGGUUUUCUAGAACUUAUCCCUUCCCCUCAAUCCAUAUUACCCCUCUUUGUUUCAUCAAACUAGAAUUACCUGACUAGAAUUAAAAAUACAAAUUAAAUUCUGCAAUACCAAAAUACACACACACACACACACACAAUAUAUAUAUAUUAUAUAUUAUAUUAUUAUAUAU